AUCAACUUCCAUAUAUAAAAAAUAAGAAAGAAAAAAAAACCGCGUUUUAUAUUAUCGUCUAGCUAUAGCUCCCCUUCAUUUCAAGCAGACGAAGAAGAGAAGAUCAUCAAUGAGCAACAUCACGAAAACUGCAAAUUGGGUUGUUUUGGUUCUUCUUGUAAUAACAGUGAAAGUCAGUGGUCGUUCUUUUGGACUCAAUACUCGGAGUACUUCGUCUUCCCAAUUGGUUUCAGAUGGAACAGAUCAUGCAUAUCAAAAUCAAAGCAGCUGCUCCCUCUUACUUCUCAAAGGAGUUGAGAAUAUCGAUUCCACAGAGUCGUCUUGCGAGCAGCUUUACGGGUUCUUGCCAUGCUCCGACAGUGUUUUUGGGCAUGUGUUUCUAAUGGUGGUCUAUGAGUACUUGUUGUUUCAUGGUGAGUCGUAUUUGGCGGCUGGAGGUGAACAGAUUUUCAAGAUUUUGGGUCCUGGUGUGUUUGGUGCUAGUGCUUUUCAUGUCAUCGGUGCCCUUCCUGAGUCUCUAUUACUUCUUGCUUCUGGAUUUUUUAACUCCAAGGAAGUCGCUCAGGAGUAUGUCUAUACUGGAGUUGGGCUGUUGGCUGGAUCAUCAAUUUUGAGCUUAACAAUACUUUGGGGGACUUGUGUAAUUGUCAGCAGCCAACAAUUUUCAGAUAAUCAAAGCUCUAAGGCUUCCAAUGAGUCAGAUUCAUCACUUUUAUCAUGGAAAAGACUGCCUGCAUCAUUGACAGAUUGUGGUAUUACAACGGAUUUAGAGACCAGCAGCCUUGCGAAGAUAAUGAUUUGUUCAGUAGUACCAUUUCUUAUCAUGCAAAUGGCAAAAAUCUUUCCAUCCUCUUCCGGGGAACGCAUCGCAAUCUUGACUGCUCUCAGUGUUUCUGUUGUAUUCUUAUUAUUGUACUUCAUUUAUCAGAUCUUCCGUCCCUGGGUUCAAAAAAGAAGAUUAGAAUUUGUGAAACAUGGGCAUUUGAUUUCAAGCAUUUUACAACAUGUCCAAAAACAUGCACUGGCGAGAGUCCUCACUGUAAAAGGGGCACCAAAUAUACCUGCUAUAAGAAGACUAUUUGAGGAAGUAGACGAAGAUGGUGACAAUUAUAUAUCGCUUACUGAAGUAAAAGAACUUCUUCGUGAAAUCAAAUUCAUAUCAACGGAAGACGAUACUGAUAAAGGAACAGCAGAAGUGAUGAAACAGUUUGAUCUGGAUCAUGAUGGGAAGAUUAAUAAAGAUGAAUUCAUCAAUGGCUUCACAAAAUGGAUUGAGGAGAUCAAGUCAGUGCAUAAACAAAAUACCGAAAGAUCGUUGGAGAACAUAUAUGAGGUCUUUCAACCUUGGAUUGAAAAUAGAAGACGAGAACGUGAAAUGAAGAAGAAUUUAAUGUCAGAAGUACUAAGACAUGUCCAAAGCAAUUCACUUGGAAGCAUUGUCACAAAUGACGGCAUGCCUGAUAUACCAAAUAUCAGAAGGUUGUUUGAAAAGAUUGAUCUCGAUGGAAAUAAUUAUAUAUCGCAAUCAGAAUUGAGAAAACUGAUCGGAGAUAUCAAGUUUGGUAAGAUUCCGGGAGACGUGGAUGAAUCAGUUGUAAAAUUGAUAGAAGAACUUGACACAAGUGGAGACCAGUUGAUCAGUGAGGAAGAAUUUGUUACUGGAUUAACAAAAUGGAUAAACAAAUCCAACGAUCAAGCUCCUCCGUCACUUGAAUCGGAGGACGAUAUCUACCAAAGGACAUGGGACGAAACAGAUAAGUUGGUGGAUGAAGAGUACAGCAGUGGUGGAGCUGUCGACAAGUCAAAAUGGGCUUGGAUGAAAGCUAUAACAUAUUUGGUUCUAGGGUUUGUUGUAUUGGCAGUUUUAGCAGAACCUCUUAUAGAUAGUGUUCAGGAUUUCUCCACAGCUGCAAGCAUCCCUUCUUUCUUUGUAUCAUUUGUGCUAGUCCCCUUGGCAACCAAUGCCAGACAAGCCACUUCAGCGAUUAAGGCAGCUUCAAGAAAAACACCAAGAACCACAUCUUUGACAUUUUCUGAGAUUUAUGGUGGGGUGUUUAUGAACAAUGUUCUGGGAUUUUCUGUGUUGCUAGCCAUAAUUUAUGCUCGUGAAAUGGCUUGGGAUUUUUCUGCUGAAGUUUUAGUAGUUCUAAUUGUCUGCACUGUGAUGGGUCUCAUUGCAAGCUUCGUCUCCACCUUUUCCCUUUGGACAUCAUUCUUGGCCUACCUUCUAUACCCAAUUUCAUUGCUUUUAGUCUAUAUUCUCAAUGAUGUUCUCAAUUAUACUUGAAUUAAACCCACCAAGGAUGUAAUAUUUUUGUAAAUUAGCAAGAACAUGUCUUUGGAAUUAAUUGUUACAUUCUUUGUUCUUUAUAAAGGCCAAUGUUUCCCCAA